AUGUCGGCUCAAUUUCCAUCGUUCAGACGCGCCCAGACGGAUAAUCCGGCACGACCAGCAAGCCCACUGCGACACACUGGCUCAACCGCGUCCACGAAUUCAUCUGCCUAUUCCGUUGCGUCAAGCUCAUUCGCGCCGAGCCGGACAAGCACGGUCUCCUCGACUGCAUCAAUACCGGGUAGCCUAGGCCAUCAUCGGGGCAAGAGUGAAGCUGGGCCCGUUACAAUGAAUUCGUCUGAAAAGGGAAACUUCUCAAAUGCCGGGUCUACAUAUGAAAAUAUUCGCCGGUCUCUGCGGCCCCUCCAGCAGGCCCCUCAAACCUCCCCCUCUGCGAGCAAACCAAUUGCGUAUCGACAUUCGCGCAGCAAUACUCUCGACGAGCCUCAGUUCAUGAAGGAUCAUCGACCAAGCACACCAGAAUCCCAUCAUUUGAAUCUCAAGGAAAAUGAGUCACCUCGCUACAGAGCAGCAGCAUUUGAACCACAAACGCCCCCACCUCGACCUUCAUCACGUCAUUGGUCGCCCACUCCGACACCGGGCUCAUCUCGACCUUCAUCGCCCCAAAAGACCUUGCCAAAUAGUCCCCAUCCACCUCCGCUGACCACCGCAUUAUCGACACCUGAUCUCGAAACAUUCCAGAAGUCCUCUACCCGCCACCUCAGAACUCUCUCCAAGAUCGCGCAAUCCGGCGAAAGCGAUGAUUUUCAAUUCAACUCCGGAACAGCUUCUGUCGUGGGACUAUCGGGGAGACGAAGACUAAAGCGUGCUGACUCAGUUGCUGGAAGGAGUGGCGCCAUUUCUCCAGAGAAGCCCAAGACUUCUUCAUGGGCAGCAGGGAACUGGAUGGAUGCGCAGCGUCAAUUUAUACAAGCCUACGAGUAUCUCUGCCACAUCGGUGAAGCUAAGCAAUGGAUCGAAGAUGUUAUUCAAAAGCAAAUCCCGCCAAUCGUUAAUCUCGAGGAAGGAUUGCGAGACGGCGUGACGCUCGCUGAGCUGGUGCAGGCCAUGUAUCCCGACACUAACCUGCGGAUCUUCCGAAACCCGAAGCUUCAAUACCGCCAUUCCGACAACAUCGCCCUCUUCUUUCGCUUCCUUGAUGAUAUCGAACUACCCGAGCUGUUCAGAUUUGAAUUGAUCGAUUUGUACGAGAAGAAGAACAUACCAAAGGUCAUUCAUUGUAUUCACGCUUUGUCGUGGCUGCUGUUCAAGAAUGGCAUGCUGGACUUCCGCAUGGGCAAUCUGGUUGGACAGCUUGAGUUUGAGCAUCAUGAACUUGAAAAAACACAAAAGGGUCUUGAUAAGGCAGGUAUUAGUAUGCCCAGCUUUGCUGGUAUGGCCGCAAACUUCGGUGCUGAGCCGGAGCCGGAGCCGGAACCGGAACCAGAGCCCGCGGAGUCAGAGGAAGAGCGGAUUGAUCGUGAACUUCAUGAAAGUGAAGGUGCGAUAGUCGAGUUCCAGUCUCAGAUAAGAGGCGCAAUGGUGCGCUUGAAGCUUGGCAACACGAUGAAUGAUCUUUGGGACUUUGAGCCCCUCUUGAUUGAAUUACAGUCCCGGCUGCGUGGAGAUUGGGCGCGACAGAUUAGUCAAUAUCGACUUGACAUGCGUCGGUUUGCAGUUCAGCUUCAAUCAAUUAGCCGCGGUUUUCUUGUUCGUCACCGCCAGCAAGGGGAGAACCAAUGGCGGAAGGCCCAAGAGCAGCAGGUUCUGCAGCUGCAAAGCUUGAUUCGCGCGUCCAAAGUGCGGGCUGAAACUAAUCUGCUUCAGACUCGUAUCCGACGUGAAGAGUCUGGAAUCAAGAAUUUCCAAGCCGCGAUUCGGGCUGCACUACAACGAAAGGCCCUGGCCGACCAGUAUGAACAAACUCAUCACGCCGAACACGAUGUUACGACCCUCCAAGCUGCCAUCCGUGGCGCUAUGCAGCGAAAACGAAACAAUGCACAAUCUCAAGAAGUCAAGCAGACCAGUACAGCUGUCAGAUCACUGCAGGCAGUGAUUCGCGGUCAAUUUGCCCGCCAGCACCUGUCACAAAUCAAGUCUUCUCUCCAGCAUGAGACGGCAAAGAUCACAGAGCUUCAAGCGGCUGUAAGAGCCAUGAAGACAAGACACCACCAGUCACAGCUUCUGCAGAAUCUUUCAAAGACGGCGAGCUGUUGUACAGAGCUUCAGGCUCUGAUCCGAGGAGCCGCCGCGAGAAGGAGCCACGAAGCCCUUACUACGAAGCUCAUGCAGCAUGCUUUGUCAGCCACUGAUUUACAGGCCCAGAUUAGGGGUAAUGCGUUAAGGCAGUCCUUAGAAGACCAGCAAGCCGCUUUAAUCAAGGAAGAACCAGUCAUCCUAGAGCUCCAGUCUCGAGCACGAGCGGUGAUUGAGCGUAGGCGCCUGAAGGCUGAACGCGAAGCUCUUCGGAGACAAGAGCCCCUCCUUGUGAACCUCCAAGCACUUGCUCGCGCGGCUAUACUCCGAAUUGAAGUUGGCAAUAUUCUUACACGACUAGAAGAACGCGAAGAAGAAAUUGAGGAGCUUCAGGCGCUGGCAAGAGCGAUGAUGGUUCGUGUUCAAGUCGGAAACAUGCUAGCGGACCUUGAGGACCGAGAAGAAAUCAUCGUCGAUUUUCAAUCUCGCAUUCGGGGAAUGAUAAUUCGGAAUCGGUUCCAGGAGAGACGACGCCACUACAAUGAGAACAUGGAGAAAGUCAUCAAGGCUCAGAGUGUUAUCAGAGGUCGUAUUCAGGGUCAGGCUUACAAGAGCCUGACAAGCGGCAAAAACCCUCCUGUGGGAACAGUCAAAGGUUUCGUGCAUCUGCUUAAUGACAGUGACUUUGACUUUGAUGAGGAGAUUGAAUUCGAACGACUGAGAAAGGUGGUGGUUCAACAGGUGCGACAGAAUGAGAUGGCAGAGCAAUAUAUCAGUCAACUGGAUAUCAAGAUUGCACUGCUGGUCAAAAAUAAAAUCACGCUUGAUGAAGUCGUGAAGCACCAGAAACAUUUCGGCGGCCACAUCGGAAACCUUCUAUCCAACACCGAAAUUUCCUCCAAAGACCCCUACGACCUCAAGGCUUUGAACAAGACAUCCAGGAAAAAAUUGGAUCAAUACCAGGUCUUCUUCUUCCUUCUCCAAACACAGUCGCAGUAUUUGGCUCGACUUUUCCGUCGACUUCGUGAGAUCAAUACAUCGGACAAGGAAUACGAAAGAGUCCGGCACUUGAUGAUGGGUCUCUUUGGCUACUCCCAGAAGCGCCGUGAGGAGUAUUACCUUCUCAAGUUACUUUCUCGAUCGGCCAAGGAAGAUAUUGAGAAGUUUACCGCCCUUCCAGAAUAUAUGCGCUCGACUCCCUUCUGGAAUAAGCUCUUCGGUUCAUACGCAAAGUCCCCUCGAGACCGCAAGUUUAUGCGCGAUGUUCUGGGACCCGUUAGCUUCGCACAGGACAGCGUAGCAGACGAGAGCCAAAUCUCCCCCCGCGAGGAAGCUAUUCGAGAUCCCGAGACCCGAGAGACAUUCAUUCAACAUUUGCAGGACCUCCGAGACAUCGCCGAUCAAUUCUUCGCUGCAUUCGAAGACUUUCUAUACCACAUGCCUUUUGGUAUCAGAUACCUUGCCCAGCAAAUGUAUGAAAAUCUUCUUGCGCGGUUCCCCAAUGAGGAUCCUGGAUUCAUUCUUCAAACCGUUGGGCACUGGGUGUGGAAGAACUAUUUUCAGCCUGCGGUGCUUGAACCUGAGAAGUACAGUGUGGUUGAUCGGGGUCUGACACAAGAGCAAAAGAGGAAUUUGAGCGAGAUAUCCAAGGUGGUUGCCCAGGUUGCCUCGGGAAGACUCUUUGGAGCCGAGAACGUCUAUCUACAACCACUCAACUCCUAUAUUGGCGAGUCAAUACAAAGACUUGGUCAGAUCUGGGGUCAGAUGGUUUCCGUCCAGGAUGCCGAGUCAUACUUUGACAUCGACGAGUUCAACGACCUUUACGCCAAGGCCAAGCCUACCCUGUAUAUCAAGAUGUCUGAUAUUUUCUCGAUCCACCAGCUUGUAGCCUCGGAGAUCGACCCCAUCUGCCCACAUCCUGACGACAUCCUCAAACAACUCAUUCGCGACCUCGGUAAUGUUAAGAGCAACGAAAAUGAGCUGAUGGGCGUGAGCACCACUGAGAUAAAUCUCACCCUCAACCCUAAACUAGCCCAGGUUGAAGACCCGGAAGCAAAUAUAAAGGCAUUGUUCAUGGAGACAAAACGAUGUAUUUUGUACAUUAUUCGGGUCCAGACUGGCGCCAACCUGAUGGAUAUCAUGCUCAAACAACCAAGCCCGGAGGACGAAGAACGAUGGCACGCCCUCGUACGGGACGAAAUCAACACGAAUAAUCCUCGCCGGGGUGCCUAUUCCGAGGCAAGUGCAUUGAUCGACAUCGGGUCAAUGGGUUAUUCCGAGCUCAAGGGCACCGCUCUUGAAAACAUCCUUCGCCUCGAGCAGGCUGGCAAGAUCAGUCGGCACAAUCACUACCAGGACCUUCUCAACGCCAUCGCAAUCGACAUUCGCACAAAACACCGCCGGCGAGUGCAACGAGAGCGUGAGCUAGAAGGGGCGCGCUUAACAUCCACGCGUCUUAGUGAUCAGGCAGUCUACCUUGAUCAGCAGCUCAAAACCUACAACGACUACAUUGAACAAGCGAUGAUCACAUUGCAAAACAAAAAAGGAAAGAAGCGAUUCUUGAUGCCGUUCACCAAACAAUGGGAUCAUCAGCGAGAGUUGCAGAAAUCCGGCAAGGUGUUCAAGUUCGGAUCAUACAAGUAUUCAGCUCGCACGCUGGCGGAUCGAGGUGUUCUUGUUUUGUGGAAGGGUUACAACGAACGGCAAUAUGAUCGAGUGGACUUGACGAUCUCCAGUAACGAAGUAGGAGUGUUCACUAUUGACGGGAGCAGUGGAAAUAUGAUGGUACCGGGUGCCAAUGCUCAAGUCCCACUGGAUGACCUGCUGCAGGCACAGUUCAAUAACACCCAGUUCAUGGACUUCUUCGACGGACAGAUGCGGGUCAAUGUCAACCUCUUCUUGCACUUGAUCAUGAAGAAGUUCUAUAAUGAAUGA